AUGGCAAAGCUCAGACUGAGCUCUCUGUUCCAUUCUAGCUCCUCCUCGACCGCAGACGCCGAGAUCAAGAAGCAGAACCGGCGGUCCUUCUCCGCCUUCUCGACUUUGCGGCACAAGAAUGGCGAGACAAACGGAGCUGCGGCGCCGGCCCCAAGGACUGACAAGAUUGAGACACGACCCGAGCAGUCCACGUCUCGGAUGAUUGCCUUGGCCCAGAAGAUCACCAAGGCCACCGAGAAGCUCGAGUCUUACAUGAAGACAAACAAACUGCCCAUGCCUAGCUUCGACGUCGAUGCCCCAGCCGACUUCCCGCAUCUUCCCGAGGAUAUCCAGGAGAGCAGGCAGGAGAUUAUCCACGCCACCAAGGAGCUGGGCAUGCUUGCCCAUGGGCCCCGGGAGUCCGUCCGGUGGGGUAUCUGGGAGUUCCUCGACGUUUUGGCUCUCACUGCCAUCAACCACUACAAAAUCGCGCAACUGGUCCCCAUUGACUCGACGAUCACGCUGGCCGAGCUGCAGACCAAGACGACUCUGGACCCCAUCAACCUGGCCCGCCUGCUCCGCAUGGCCAUGACCAACGGCAUCUUCCGGGAACCGAGCCCUGGUGUCAUCGCCCACACGGCAGCGUCGCGCGUCCUUGCCGAGGACGAGGACAUGCAAGCCUGGGUCGGCUUCAACGGCGAGGACAUCUUCCGGGCCUCGGGUCAUGUCGUGCAGGCGCUGGAGGCGCACCCGGAAGCGACCUCGCUCACGCGCGCCGGCUUCCAGUUCGCAUUUGACACGGUCGACAAGGAGCCCAUGUUCGCCACCUUCGGCAAGGACCCGGCGCGGGCCCGCCGCAUGGGCCGCGCCAUGGCGAGCCUGACGGGCGGCGAAGGGUACGAGCCGUUUUAUUUUGUCGACGUCGAGAGGGGAGGUUACGACCUGAGCGAGAUUGAUGCCGCGGGAGGCACCUUUGUCGACAUUGGCGGCUCGCACGGCUUCAUGUGCGUGGAUCUGGCCAAGCGGUACAAGAGGAUGCGGUUUGUCGUGCAAGACCUGCCCAAGACGGUCGACAGCGCGCCGAAACCGAUCAGUGAGGAUCCGCAGGUCGCGGAGCGGAUUGAGCUGCUGGCGCAUGACUUUUUUACUGAGCAGGUCACCAAGGACGCCGAUGUCUACUUCUUCCGCUGGAUCAUCCACAACUACUCGACCCCCUACGCGGUGCGCAUCCUCCGCAACCUCAUCCCCGCCCUCAAACCGGGCGCCCGCAUUGUGAUUAAUGAUCACUGCCUGCGCGAGCCGGGCCAGGAGCACCCUUGGGACGAGCGGGUCAUGCGCCGCAUGGACGUCGUCAUGCUCGCGCUGCUCAACGCCCAGGAGCGGACCGAGGCCGAGUUUCGGGCGCUGUUUGCUGCCGCGGGGGAGGGGUUUGUUUUCAAGGUGAGUUUCUUUCUUCUCUUUGUUUUCUCCUGA